GCUGUGUGGGGGUGACUCCGUGGGUCUGUGUCGCCUGCGCGUGCCACGGCGGGUGGACGGAGUGUUUGUGUGCUGCGAGAGUGAGCUGUGUUUGUGGGUCCGUCUGUGUGUGGCUUGCCCCAUGUGCUGGGCUUGCGUCCACGGUGUGGACUGUCUGUGACUGUGUGUGUGUGCAUCUCCAGGGCAUGUGUCUCAGCUAAGCGUUUGUGACGGUGCGCGUGCUGAAUGCGACGUCUGUGUGCUGUCCAGGCGCGUGUGUGAGUUCUCUCGGUGUCUGUGUUCUGUCCAGGUGCGUGUGUGCGCGCGCGCGCGCGCGCGCGCGCGCUGGGUCUGAGGGGCUUCUCUCUGUGAUCGGCUGGCUCAUGUGUGUCAUGUGGGCUGCGUGUGUAGUGUUUAUGUCGGUCACGUGAGACCAGUGUUUUCUGUGGGUGCUUUAGGUGUGCGUUGCCAGGGCUGUGUGGGAUUAGAGUUAGCCGCGGUGUGUGCGUGUGUGUCCGGGGCUGACAGUUGGCGGAGGAGGGUGAGUUGAUGUCUGCUCGCCUGCAUCCGUGGGUCGUGGCCGUGGCCCGGCGUGUGUGGUGACGCAUCUGGGUCCGGUGACCUGUGCCUGUGGGGGCCCGACGUACAUGGGUCCUGGGGGCCGAGAGUUGGUGACAAGGGGGCGUGUUUCGGUCCUGUUGGUCUGCAUGUGGCCGUGGAUGUGUUUCGUGUUGAUGGGCGCGUAGGUCUUACCUCUUGGGUGUGCGGGGGGGAGGGGCGUGUGUGUUUGCAAAGUCUGGCAGUGCCUGUUCAGUGUGUUUCCGUGUUUGCGAUGGCUGCGUUGCGUGUGUGUGUCCACGGGCAUAUCAACAGUGGGUCAGCAUGUGAGAUUCUGGCGGUGUGUGUGUGUGUGUGUGUGUGUGUGUGUACACGGGGAUGGAGGGGACGGGUCGCGCCAGCCAGUAUGUUGUGUGUCUACGCCUUCGGACGGUCUGAGUGUCUGUAUGUCCACGUUGUGGCCACCGUGGGCGCGUCCCGCACUGGGUAGCAGUGUCGGAGACUGGAACCAUCUCGGUGUUUCUGUGCAAGUGGGAGAUGAGGGGGGAGGAGGUCAGGCUGGCCAGUCCUGAGUGAGUCCUUAUCUGUGUGCCGUGGGCCUUUCGCACCCAUCCGUGGUCUCUUCCAUUUGGGUCCUGCAUGAGUCCCUGUGUGUGCCCAUCACUGUGUUCCGGAAGUUAGCCCCACCAGGCCAUGCCCCCCCCCCCCCCCCCCCCGGGACUCCCAGGCUGGGCCCCAGGGAGCGCCAUGGCCCGAGCACGCCAGGAGGGCAGCUCCCCGGAGCCCGUAGAGGGCCUGGCCCGCGACGGCCCGCGCCCUUUUCCCCUCAGCCGCCUGGUGCCCUCGGCCGUGUCCUGCGGCCUCUGCGAGCCCGGCCUGCCCGCCGCCCCCGCCGCCCCCGCCCUGCUGCCCGCCGCCUACCUCUGCGCCCCCACCGCCCCGCCCGCCGUCACCGCCGCCCUGGGGGGCCCCCGCUGGCCUGGGGGUCCCCGCAGCCGGCCCCGAGGUCCGCGCCCCGACGGUCCUCAGCCCUCACUCUCGCCGGCAGAGCAGCACCUGGAAUCGCCGGUGCCCAGCGCCCCGGGGGCCCUGGCGGGCGGCCCCACCCAGGCAGCCCCGGGAGUCCGGGGGGAGGAGGAGCAGUGGGCCCGGGAGAUCGGGGCCCAGCUGCGGCGGAUGGCGGACGACCUCAACGCGCUGUACGAGCGGCGGAGACAAGAGGAGCAGCAGCGACACCGCCCCUCACCCUGGAGGGUCCUGUACAAUCUCAUCAUGGGACUCCUGCCCUUACCCAGGGCCCGCGGGGCCCCGGAGAUGGAGCCCAAUUAGGUGCCUGCACCCGCCCGGUGGACGUCGGGGACUUGGGGGGCAGGACCCUCCCACCUCCUGAUGCCCUGGCCAGCGCGGGGGACUUUUUCUGCACCAUGUAGCAUACCGGACUACCAGCCCUGCCUGUCCCAGGGGCGGGCCAGGGCAGCCACUCCAGCCCCAGCCCCGGCCUGGCCUGGGUGCACUGACGGAGAUGUGGACUCCUGGGUCCCUGGCAGAGAAGCCAGGGGAGAGAGGGCUGACGGACUGAGCGUCUGAAGGCGGCGGUGACGGAGAGGGUGGGGACAGAGCCGCCCGCCUCUGCCGCCCACCACCAUCUCAGGAAAGGCUGCUGGUGCUGGCUGCCCGUUCCAGCUGCAGGGGUGACACUGGGGGAGUCUCCCUCCCAGUGCUCCUUCACUUUGGGCCUGGCCUCAGGCCCCUGGUGCUUCCCCCCCUCCUCCUGGGGAGGGGGCCCGUGAAGAGCAAAUGAGCCAAACGUGACCACUAGCCUCCUGGAGCCAGAGAACGGGGUGGGUCUGAUUGGCUGCCCCAGCCCAGCGCCCAGCCAUCUUCCCUGAGCCAGCCGGCGGGUGGUGGGCAUGCCUGCCUCACCUUCAUCUGGGGGUGGCCAGGAGGGGCCCAGACUGUGAAUCCUGUGCUCUGCCCGUGACCACCCCCCGCCCCCAUCAAUCCCAUUGCAUAGGUUUAGAGAGAGCACGUGUGACCACUGGCAUUCAUUGGGGGGGUGGGAUAUUUUGGCGGAAACCGCCCCAGCCUUAGUCCCCAGGGCGAAGCGCUGGGGGGAAG